AUGGUACUGGGCUACCAACCAUUGAUAUCCUUCAAAGGACCAGGCUUUACUAAUUCGAGUGGGCACAGCUUCACGACGCGGAUGCUGUACACUGUUGUGCCGGCCCAGCUGUAUUAUGCCCCAAAGACCAUCGACACUUUGCAUGAGGCAAUGGUUCGCGACAUGAAUUCGUUGUACUUUGAUGGCCUUUCUGUCUCGAGUGAGGGCACAUCCUACACCUAUCGCUUCGUUCCAGUCAUGCUCAAAGGCGACUGGCCUUACCUUCGCUCUUCGUUCAGGCAGUAUCCCGCUGGAUGUGGGAAGGGACAUGAUGCAGCUGUGCUGGGAGCUUGGCUGCAUGACGAGCUCCAGUUGGUUGAUGAAACCACGAUUGCUGAGCAGUUCUUGGACAUAUUCAAGCUGCUCCGGUGGACGUUGCAAGCAGUCAACCGGUAUUGGCGCACCUUGUACAAGUACGGCGUGUGGCUGCCACGUGAAGUGACGCAAACUGCGCUGUAUUCUAAGGAGGGAUAUGGGCAGCGGGCUGUUCAUGCGGCCGACGUGGGGCGGCUUUGGAAGACAACGACCGGCGGCGCAGUGGCAUUGUAG